UCGCGUUCCACCAAACGGCGAAUUUCAACUGCGGAAUAGUUGCUUGUAGUUAUCAAAGUGUUUUCGGAUUUAAAUGAUGUCGAAUCUGGAUUUCCACACAAUAACAUAAAUCGAAAUAAAAAAAAAACAUUCCGAUGAAUGACACUACGGCUGAUUCUACGGAAACAAUUUAUGAGGAGGGAGGAAAAAUCUACACUAAUUUGGUACCGCGACAACCACCAAAAAAAAGAUUGUACAGAUUACCAGAUGUGCCUCCACACAUAGACAAAUGUUCGAAUAAAAUAUGUUUAGAAAAAUAUCCGAAAGAUUUGAACGAUCGAAUCUGUAACUCAUGCUUUGGAGAUAAUUCAAGACAAGUUAUUGACAACAUACACACCAAGUAUAACGCGGUUAUUGACAAACUGAACCUCAUUCUUCGGAAGCUGGACAAAUGGGACCAUGAAAAAGCAUUGGAAAAAAAGGGACUUGUUGAAAAACCAAGUUACCUUCCAUUGAAAAAUAUGGAAGAAUUUACAACACACAGCUAUCACUCAGAAUCUGAAUUUUCUCAACUGGUGGAAUAUUUUGUGUAUUUGGGUGGAGCUAACAUUAAAAAACAAAUCAGCAAUAUGGUCAGCGCAUGCAUUACGCCAGAACUUGCAAUCAAGAUGAGCUUAUCGAAGAGUAAGAAAGUUGGAUUCCACAACUCUCAAAUUACGGACGCUAUUUACGCUGCAACCCAGAGAUGGAAAGUCGGAGGCAAGUUGACUCGAGAGUCCAUGAUGGUCAUAAUUAAUCAAGCAGUUCGAUCAAUGAAAGAGCGACAUCGUUAUUAUAAUUGUAAAUUACGUAAAGAAAAAAAACGUGCUAGACUUGGACUCACGAAUAAAAAAACUCAACAAAACAUUCUAAAUAUUUAAAAAAUAACAUCAUUUUCCAUAGAUCACAGAAAUUUUUAUCUUUGUAUACAGAAAGAAGUGAUAUGAUAAAGUAAGUCAAUAAUAUUGCUUUAUUUAUGUUUCUAUAAAUCAACCCGAGCUAUUUUUAAAUUUAGCUGAUUCAGAGAGUUUAAUGGCUUUGCAUUAAUUUAAGUCUCACUCAAAUUUAACUUGUGCUUUAUAGUUUUAUUAAUAUGAAAUCAUAGUAAAACAUAAAUGAAUCAUCUAGUAUUUGAUGAAUAGUCACGAAGUGCUGGAAAACCUUUGUUAGUCAUAAAAAAAGAUGUUCAAUAAAGGGUAAAUACAUACUCCAUUUUGAUGUCUACUUAUUUGCUGAGGAUUUACUACUGCUAUUCUCUUUACGAUUCGGAUUUUUUGAUGCUAAGACAUAAUAUCAGUUUUAGACAACUAUUAAUUUUCAGCAAAGAGUAAAAACCACACAUCGGCAUACAUUCUUUAGUGAGAAUAUUAUUUAUGAUUUUUGGAACUUGAAUAUUCAUCAAGAUAAAUUAUCGUGAAUUUUCGAAUCAGAAAUAUAGUAAGUGUUGUCUUCAACAGUGACAUCAAUAUCACCUUAAUUAGGUUAACAUGAGGAGCAAUUAUCGUAUUCUGGUGCAAUUGUAUGAGCCUUUCAACGAGAAAAGUUUUCACAGACACGCAAUCUUACGACAUCAGUCAAUUAUUUUUAAAAUAUAUUCUCUUUAAUAAAUAAGACGAAUACGUAUAAAUUGCAGACCACAUGACUAGAGUUGAAUAUCCCACGUAGAAAAAAUACAUCAUCAAUUAAAUGAUUUAUAAUAAAGUGACAUUCUACGGAUAACAUUUCAAAAACAAGGGGCAUUAUUCGAUCGGCUAAUUAGAUUUUACUUCAGAGGUGGACGAGGUCUAAUCAUGAAUUGUCUUUCCUAUAUAUGAAUACAUUCGAUUUCCUGAACAUUUAAUGGAUCGAAAGAGUUUUGACUGUAACUUUAUAUUAAUGAGGACGACUUAACUCAUAGAAAUAACUGCUAUCUUGUCUUAUCGCAACAUUUCAGUCUAGAAAUGUGCAAAGUUUGAUCCUACAUGAGUGGUUUCAAUAAAAUCGAGCAAUGAAUAUGAAUGUAUUAAAAUAAUUAUGUAUGUUAAGGGAUGAUAAUUAACUUCAAAAGUUAAAAUCGCCUCUGGAUUCCCUCAAAAGUUUAUCUCAUUUAAAUG